AUGUUCCCAAUUCCGGCCUUGGUACGAAACCAGUCAUUUGUCACAUCCUCCAUAGCAGGUACGAAACGAUUUCAUUCUGAUCCCGCGACCUUUCACACAAGCCUAAACCAUAUUAAAACGGCCCGGGCCAACAACGUCGUCGACCUGGGCGGAUUUACUCUUCCCCAGAUAUCGCUACGGUACACAAAAGAUGCAUCGUUGCAAGCCGUAUCUGUGAUGUGUCUGACGCGGUAG